UAGCACCAUGUAACUAUAACAUUGGUUAUCGUUAUAGUUACAUUAUGCUACUUACCCUAAUAGAAAAUGUCAUCGUUAAUAUAGUAAAAGGUCGAAGGAAAACAAAUAAUUAUUAUGUAUUAUUACUUUUUAUACGCGUGUACGCAGAAUGCAAAAACCGCCAUAUUGAUAUUUUGUUAUGAUCGAUGAUCGGUUUUGUUAAGUUACUUGGAAUACUGACACCAGGUCUUUUUAGAUUAAAAUUGAUAUUUGUGCUUUUUCAAACCGUAUUUAAUUUAUUCGCCUAUUUUAUCUUUUUUUAAGUGUCUAAUAUUUUCCUCAUACUUUUCUCUAAUUAAUAUUGCAUAAAUAAUUUUAUAUUGACAAACAAAAACGAUUAUAGUGUAGUGCCAUCUGUUGGUAAUUUAAAGUAUCUUUUAGAUAGUAAAUAGUUUCCGGGCCAAAUAAAAGGUGGCGACUCUUCAUUCACUUAGCUGUCAAAAUGUACGGAGUGUCUCCCCCCUGACUCACACAUUCGAUUUCAUUCGAAGGAAUCGGGAUUCACGGACAUGGAGAGUUGUGUAAUUGUGAAUUAUUGUUAGUUAAAUACUUUUAAAUUAGGAGAAACGUUAUUGAAACCGUUUGUUGGUGUUUAAAUGUGAGCGUUAUUGGGUGUGUCACGUCAGGCCUGAUCUUGCUACUAGAAGCAUAGUUUAGUUUUGUUGAGAUACCUGCCUCCUGUUGUGACAUUUGAGAGCAUGUCGAACUGGGUCGGGUAUGCGAUAUCUGUAAACUGCGGCGAACCUCUGGGUUGCUAUCAGGGCACUAUUCUGGAGGCUGAUGGGAGCACUAUUACUUUAACAAAAGCCUUUAGAAAUGGCUUUCCUUACCCGAAAUCACAAGUGACUCUAAAUGCGGCUGAUAUCAAAGAUCUGAAGAUAAUCGAGAGCCGUCCAGAGCCAGCAGAGCAGACACACAGCACAGUGGCCGUUACCAAGGGCUUAAAGAAGGCGCAGAGAGCUACAGUAUGUGAGAAUCUGCAGGCAAACCCCACCAGUUCAGGGAACCAGAGCAGCGCCGCCGGCGGCAGCGGCGCCGCCAGCAGCGCGGCCGCCCCCGCCCGCCCCGCGCGCCCGCGCAGCAAGCCCAUCGACAUCCAGCGCGCCGCCCGCAGCGCCAGCCUCGCCGGCAGCUACGGCAACGCCAGCUCCACGCCCAAGGGCCGCGGCCCCGCCAACGUGUACGACAAGGCGCGCCGCCGCAACGAGGCCUGCUUCGGCGACCUGGCCGACGCGGAGCUCGACGACGACUUCGACUUCGAGGGCAACCUGGCGCUGUUCAACAAGCGCGCGCUCUGGGAGGAGCUGCGCAACUCGCACAAGCCCGACGUGGUGCGCCAGGCCGACCACCUGGGCAAGUUCCGCCACGACGAGAACGUGCUGGGGCCCGCGCCCGCGCCGCGCCGCGCCAUCCGCCUGCCCGAGCCCGCGCCCGCGCUGCUCGUCACCGACGAGGGGCUGGGCGUGCCCGCGGCGCCUGCGGCGGCGCUGUGGCGGGCGCUGGCGCGCGCGGGCUGCGACCAGGCCGACACGCUGCUGGCGCGCGCCGCCGCCGACGUGGCGCUGCGCCUGGCGGGCGGCGGCCGGCGCCUCGACCCGCGCAACGCGCACCAGGCGCCCACCGUGGUGGCGCUGGCGGGCCCGCACGCCGCCGGCGCCGCGGGCUGGCGGCCGCCUGCCUGCUGGCAGCCACGGCGCCCGCGCCGCCGCGCUGCUGGCCGCGCCCGCGCCGCCCGACUGCGCGGCGCUGCGGCGCGAGCUGGCGGCGCUGGCGCCGAGCGGCGUGGCGGCGGAGCCAGCGCGCUGCCGGGCGCGGACGUGGUGCUGCUGGCGCUGUCGGACCCGGCGCAGGAGCCGGCGGGCGAGCUGGGCGCGGCGCUGGAGUGGGCGGCGCGGGCGCGGGCGGUGCUGGCGCUGGAGCCGCCGAGCGCGGGCUGGGCGGGCGUGUCGUGCCGCGCGGCGGUGCUGGCGCUGCCGGCGGCGCUGGCGCCGGAGCUGGGCCUGCAGUACUUGGCGGACGUGUGCGUGCCGCAGGCCGUGUUCGCGGAGCUGGGUAUUCAGUACCGGCCGCCGUUCGGCGCGUCGCCGGUGCUGGCGCUGCACCCGGCCACGGACUGACCGCCGCCGCUCGCCUGCACGAGUUCUCUUCGGUUACUCGAUCAUAACUCUCUCGCCGACUCUCCCGAUGUAUUGGUGAUAGGUGAGAUACUCACAUUGACAGAUGUAACACUCCUGUGAUAAUUUCUUCUUCGAUGUUUAUUUAAUUGUGCAACGGAGUACCGAUUUUGACAUUGUACUAUAAAUAUUUAAAAUGAAAAUGCCGAAGAUAUCUGUAAUGAGUAGUAAUGUAGAUGAGAGCAAUGCUCGACAACAGAACAACGUACUCGCUCCUGCACAAAUGUAAACUCGUAUUACGUAAACGACGAACCAGUAAACCAAAUUGUUUUAAUCGACAUAUUAUGUGAUGUGUUAUAUUUUUGAUAGUAAAAUUAUAAUGUAGAAGUAUAUGUCUAUGUUAUUAGUGUAAUGUAAGUGUGACUCUACUGUGGGUCACCGACCUGAAGUGACGCAUACUUCAUCAAAAUGAUUGUGAGUCAACUUUAAGUGAUACACUAUUUACGAUGAAAUGAAGCACUUGCAACUUUAGAUAUUAAAUAGAAGAGCAUUCAGCCUUAUAAGUCCGUAUAUCCAUCCGAUAUAACUGAAAAUUUCGAAUCUGGGUUUCGGGUUAACAAUCGUAUUAACAAUACCAUUCCAACCCUUGAACUGGAGCGAUUUUGACAAAAGACGCGCCUGGUGCUAGUGUCUGAUCUUACUGUUCUGUCUCUCUUGCACCAGAUCACAUCGAUCAGCGGCUGAUUUACUGUUUUCGCCGCCCAAGGCCCCACGCGGAAUAGCCGACUAUCUCAGUUUUAAACGCUGGUUUUUUUAUGACUACAGAACAGAUAUAGAAUCAGUUAAAAAACUAAACAAAUAAAAGGCAAAAGGUGGAGCCUUUUGUCCAAAAAGAGUAAAGAAACUUAAAAAUCUAGAAAAACGCAAAUUAAGUGAAAGUCGAAAAAGCUUAUGGCCUACGGAAGGUAUAAUACGUAAAAUUUGCGCACUGGAUAAAAUUCAUUCCUGUAUGUUUCAAAGAACCCGAACAACACAUUAGUUCACUUGCAAGUGUUUUUCGUGCCCACAGAAGGCACCUGACCUACCUUAUUUAAGGUAUCCGCUUAUCUUACCUUCCUUCGUGGUUUAGCCGCUAUAACGAAAAAAAAACGAGGGCCGGCGGCAGUUUCUUACUACCUACCAAGUACUAGUGACACAUUAUUUAAGUUUUUGUUAAUGUAAUUCAAUUUUAUAAAUUGCAUUUAAAUGAAAUUAAAUAAAUUAGUAAUUUAUA